GGGCAAAGCCAUGUCAUCCAAUGAGACUGCAGCCUAUGAAAUCAUGAGGUCACUGGAUGUUGACUAUGUCCUGAUCAUCUUUGGAGGGGUGAUUGGCUACUCGGGUGAUGACAUUAACAAGUUCCUGUGGAUGGUGCGCAUCGCAGAGGGGGAGCACCCCAGGGACAUUAGGGAAAGUGACUACUUUACACCCCAGGGAGAGUUCAGAGUGGACAAAGAUGGUUCCCCAACUCUGCUUAACUGCCUAAUGUACAAAAUGUCUUACUACCGCUUUGGAGAAAUGCAGUUGGACUUCCGGACACCACCAGGCUUUGAUCGAACACGCAAUGCUGAGAUUGGCAACAAGGACAUAAAGCUGAAGCACCUGGAGGAAGCCUUCACUUCAGAGCACUGGCUGGUCAGGAUUUAUAAGGUCAAAGAUCUGGAGAACAGAGACCGCGUAGAGCACAAGCUGCGAGGCAGCGACACCACUAAGCAGAAAUACACUUCCAAAAAGACCGCCAAGAGGAAGCGGGGAUACAUCAAGAACAAGCUUUCCUUCAGGAAGGGCAAGAAAUUGACCAAGAAAUCUUUAUAGAAAGUCCACCACCAACAGAGGCACAUUGUGGACGGGAGAGAAGAAAAAUCCUAAACACAAAACUUUCAACAAAAACAAGCAGCAACAGUUAAUCCACCAAUCAAGAUAAAUAAGGAACACCAGAGGUUCUCCAGACCCCCGUCAUCCCUCACCUGGAGGUCCAGGCUCGGAAUGUUACCAUCAGCUGAGAGAAUGUGUUGAACCCCAGCUGACCUUUGACCUGAUAAAAGCGGGGUCAGGGAGGCGAAGAAUGUGAGAUGAUGGCUAGUCCGAGAUCCAACCCACACUGGUUUAAACCUGAGGAACUGUGACCUUUGACUCGCUUUUCUUUUUGUACUUGAAUCUGAUGGGAGACCGAGAGCAAGAGAGAUUUGCUGUAACUCAAUACAGGGACUCAGUUUGGGACUCUAUGCAUUGCACCAUUUGGAUAGAAAUAACACCCUUUAGAGGAGCCUACAGAAAAUAGAGCACCGUCCUACCAUGUCACCAUUUCAGCGCUGAAACCAUAAACCUGCUCAAAUUGAGGCAAAGAGUGAUUUUAGGGUGACUGAAAUGAUGUUUCCCCUUAAUGGAGUUUAUUAAAUUCUUCCUAGAUAUUCAAUUUAAUGGAAAGUAGAAUUAAAAUUCUUGAUUUUAAAGGAGAGAAACCCAAAUGUACGGUUUCGUCAGUUAUGCCAGCAUCUUUCAGAGAAUGAGUUUGUGCUCAGAUGCUUUUGGAAAGUCAAGGUGUUGGAACAUACUCAGUAAUAUGUUUUUAUGCGUUUCAUUUCCUUUAAAUUCUCCCGAGAAUCCAUUAUUAACCAGAGUAUGUAUGCACACAUAUGUGCCAACAAGGAAAAGCCAUGACUAUUCAUACAACCUCAUGCUGCUGCACUCACUGGACAUAUUAUUUUAGAACAAGACUGCACAGGCUACUUAAAGGAUCAUUUUUGUUCAUUACAACUUGGUUUCUAUCAGUAAAUAUAACAUUUAACUCACUAAGUAAAUUACAGAAACCUCAGAAAACAGCAACAUCAGUAAAAACAAGUCAGACUGACCAAGAAACACGAGCAGUCGGGCCAUCAGACCAGUUUUAAAUAGACCUCCAGGUUAAACAAACAGUAAGAUUAUUACUCAAGUUGUCCAGUUUACCCACUCACUUCAUGGUUCAACUUUAAUAGCUUUAAAAGGAAUAGUCCAAAAGUGAGCAGCAGAGGGCGAUAUCUUGACUUUUAGUUUAGUAUGGCUCAAGUUCCAGAAACACUGGAUCUUACAAUUCCCAUAAUGCUGAAUAAGCUGGAUAGUCUUUGAUCAGAUCCUCCAUGCUCCCUGAAUCCUCACUUCCUUACCUCCAGUUUGUAACGCAGGCUUGCUUUUAACAAACUAUUAAGUUUUCAGUCUUUGGAAAGCUCGUCCAGAGCAACAGAAGACGUUAUACAACAAUUUGCUCGUCCAAAGCUUGUGUGUUUUCUGCCCAUCAACUUUGUUUUAGUAAUGCUACGUGUGCCCAGAUCUCAAUAAUGACUUAAAUGAUCUUAACUGAAAUUAUGUUUAAAACUACUAAACCAGAAUAAUCCUUAAAGCUGUGUAGAGCAGGCAUGUGAGACAACUCGGUGGGUAAAACAUGUUAACAUAUAUUUGUUUAAGAUGCUUUAUGGAACCCAGUUCUACAUUUGAUUAGUUAAUGAUGAUUAAUGAAUAAGUUCAAAAGAUUACAUCAUAAGCAGCAUGAGUCACAUCAUUAAAGCUGUAGGGAAUAGGACAUGUCCACAAGACAGUGCAUGCAAAUGCUUUUGUGAGCUUCAGGGUGAGAAGCAGAAUGUUGAUAUAAGAAGCAGUGAAAUGCACGUGUGCUUUUAAUGAUCACUGUGGCUGCAGGUUUAACUGAAGGUCAAUGGACUGCACUUCCACUUGAAAGUACUUUCUUUUUGUUAGUAGCAUAUGCUAACAUGGGUUUAUGUCAUACCUGCCAGUGUGAUCAUUAAAAACCCAUUUGAAAUGUAGAACUUGCUCAAAUGUAAAACCCAGGAGCAUUUAUUUCACAGUCUACCAGAUAAAAACAAUGUGAAUAGAAAGCCGAGUUCCUCCACACGACCUGUCAGUCCGUCGUGUGUCAGUCCGUCGUGUGUCAGUCCGUCGUGUGUCAGUCCGUCGUGUGUCAGUCCGUCGUGUGUCAGUCCAUGUGUCUGACUGUCAUGUGUCUGACUGUCAUGUG